CAUCGUUAGUAAACACAGCUAUGGACGUCCAUCGAAUCAUUGCGGCUUUGUUGACCUGCUGUGUGCUGUGUUCAAGUGCAGAAUUUCCAGAGUUUAUUGAGAGUAAUGGAUUGGAUAUCAAAGGGGACAAUGUGUGUCGACAUCCUGUGAGUAGAGCAAAGAACAUCACAAGAGCAGUGAGACGUACCUUGUCAACUGUAAAACAGACAACGUGCUACAGAACAUUUCGCAUCCCUUUGCCUUGGUUUCCGUAUAACCUGACUCGUCAGACCACAAAAAAAUGUACAAAGAUCGAGAAUAAGGUUGUGGUGUUGAAUGAAACAAUGACGAAAAUCUUCCAUGGAUAUUCACUUAAAUGCUGUCUUCAUUGGAAGAAGAUCAAUCAUACAGACCUUGACUGCAAAAAACCAAUCUGUCCCAAUGGGUGUGUGCACGGUAAAUGUAUAGCUGGUGAUACAUGUAGAUGUGAUGAAGGCUGGCAAGGCUACACGUGUAACCAAGAUAUCAACGAGUGUUACAUCGGUAAUGGCGGUUGUCAACAUGACUGCUAUAAUCAUGUUGGUUCCUACAAGUGCACGUGCAGAAGAGGUUUUCGGAUUAACCCCAAGAAUCUCACUGAAUGCAUUGAUAUUGACGAGUGUAAAGCGUCCAGGUCGUCGUGUGUCUGCACUGUUAGCAGCCCACAGUGUCAACCAAAGUGCAUUAACAAGAUAGGGUAUUAUAAAUGCCAAUGUCCUAAAGGCUUUAAAUUGCUUAGACCUGGAACUUGCAUAGAUAUCGAUGAAUGUCUAACUCCCAACGAUUGCAGUUACAAAUGUGUCAACACACAAGGAGGCUAUAGAUGCGAGUGUUUUAAGGGUAUGGCGUACGUGAAAAGAAUUAAAACUUGCCGUGAUAUCAACGAGUGUAAGGUCAAUAAUGGUGGUUGUGCUCAAAGGUGCAUCAACAUGUACAGUUCAUAUCGAUGUCGCUGCAGGCUUGGUUACCGUCUUGCAGCAGAUCGAAAAAACUGCAUCAAAUACCAGCUUCCAGACUUUGACGAAAAUAUGAAGAAGUGAAGCAUGAAAUACACUAUACUGUUUUAUCAAGAUGAACCGUUUAUUAAGCUUAAACCAUGAAACCACUGCAUGCUUUUCUCAAAAGUAUUGAUUAUUGAAGAUACACCUAAUUGAGAAAACAGUCGGGCUAAACAGGUUGGAUGAUCAAAGCUAAGACCGAACGGGUAUACAUGCACUGAAUGACCUUCUCUACUAGUGUGCUAUAAUGAUAGGCAAAUAUGAUUCUAACUUUGCUUCUAUAAGAUCUCAUUUGCUCACAACUUUUCCCAAUUUGGGUUAGAUCAAAAUUGCCUGUAUCGAUCAAAAAACCACCAUCACCCUGACAACCACCAUUUCAUAUCAGUAGCAGUCAUAUUUUCUUAAUUUUAAAAACGUAGUCAGCUUCUAAAAGGUUACGUCAUCAAAGCCAAGACCAUCAGGGAGCAUGGGGAAGCAAAUGUCAUGAGUAACACAGAGCUUCAGUGACAAAAGAUUACAAAUGUAAUUUGAAUUUUUUUUUUCCGUGUUACCUUUGAUGGUAUCACCUUUUUGCGACCCAACAUUUUUUCAACUAGGUGUAUAUACAAAAUUGAAUAAUCACAAUCAUAGAAUAUGCGAUUGAUAACACUGGAAGAGAUCAUGGAGAAUUGUAAGACUAAAAUAUCAUUUCAUUGUUCUAUGAUUUUGAAUACUGGGAAAAUCGUCAUAGGGUGUACAAUCGUCAUAGGGUGUACAAU